ACAGGUGCCUGCAAUUUUGCACCUUCAUUUCAGAAGAGCUACACAACAUCCGGAAAUCUAAUCCUCUCGAGUGAGUCAGAUAUCCAGACGAAUAAUCAGUAAGUAAGCGAAGUUUUGAUCUUCCGCGUGCCAGCCUCUACAGCCACAAGAUGUAAUAAUUGGAGUAAAAAAACCUCAGUAGAUUAGAUAAUGUAGCGUCGUCAAGUGGAAUACAAGAAGCAGAGAUAAUGCAGAGCACAAAAUCAGACGUUAGACCAAUGAGGCCACCUCCCCCUUUACCCAAACAGGCUCCAGUAGGGCAACCAAAACCACCUGACCCGUCAACCAGUAUAAAGACUAAUAGUGCCAAUGAACACCAUUUUAAGUCUAACCCUGUACCAACAGUCCAGAACUCGCCUGUACCAGCAGGUAGGAACUCGCCUAUACCAACAGGCAGGAUAUCACCUGUACUAUCAGGUCUAAAUUCGCCAUUGUCUUCGGGGAGUAGUUCUCCAGUGCCAAUGGGCAGAAAUUCACCAACACCAAAGCCAAGACCAAGGAUAUCAAAAGUAGUGCAAUCUGUACCUCACAUUGAAUUUGGUUCAGCGAAGGAUAAAGAGACAGGAGGCAGCCAACUCGGAAAACCAGCAGUAAGAACACCAGAUGGCAGCACAAGUGGCAAGUCUCCUGCAUUAAAGCCACGGCCAGUGCCAAGGAAACGUGGUGACACAAAAUUGGGGGAAACUGUCCCAGAUUUUCUAGCUGAGACACCUCCCAAUUUGAAUGUCAGUGACUCUGCUGUAGUAGAAACAACUGAUUCAUCAUCCUUACCUAAAAGUUCCUCUGGUGUUGGCAUUAGAAAUGAGGAGAAUGAUUUGGUUUCAAAACAGUCAGAUGGAAAUGAGAGUCAAAUGUCUUCACCAAAUGCAACGGAAAAAGUAACUGUUAAACCAGAAUCUUCAGAAGAGAGCCCUUCAAAUUUUUCGAACAUCCUCAAAAUGUUUUCAUCUUCAGAUUUAAAAGAGGACCACUCUCCAGCAGAAGAUGGCAGUUCCCCUUCCAGGCCUCCAAGAUCUAGAAAAGCUACCAAACUGCAGGAUGCAACAACUAACAAAACUUCACCAUUGGAGAACAUAGAUUCUAAAGAAGAGGAUAUGUUGGAUCAGACUGGUAGAGAAACUUCUAAACAUUCUGGUGAAAAUGUAGCAGAAUUCAAGCCUAUUCCACCAAAAUUGCCCAUCUUGCCUACAAAUUCAUGUGAAAAGAAGGAUACAAACAUUGUAGGAAAUGAAGGUAAACUUAAGAUUCCUCCGCCAUGUCCUCCAAAACCAGACAGCAAGAAAAGACAUUCAUAUGAGAGUGCACCAGAUGGUGAGAGUAAUGUUUCCUCAAAAGUUGAAGAUGGUCGAAGGUGUCGUCGCAGCAGAUCAGUGGGGACCCUUCUGGACGUUCUAAAUGAUGGGGCUAAGGAAGGAAAACCUCCCAGACAAGAGGAUCCAGAAAAAGGCAAUCAAGUAGACAAUCCAGCGAAAAAAGCUAAGCAACAGGUGACCAAAACUGAAAAAGAAACAAGAAAGUCAGACAAUAUGAGUGUGCUAGAAAGGCUGAGCUUUUCGAAAAAAGAGCGUACAUCUAGUCAGAGUAGUGUUGGCUCGCACAAAAGUGAGAGGGGGCGAAGUAACAGUAGAAGCCAGUUUUUUGUUGAAUCCCCAUUACCAAAGUCCCGAACAGCAAGUGCAUCUGGUUCCGUUAGUUCUGUAGAAGAAGAAAAAGAAGAAGGAAAUAAAGAGGGUAAAAAAGAUGAAUCAGUGGUAACUGGUUUGAAUCAGAGUAAAUUUAGUCAAGCUCAACAUAUGUUGUCACAGGUCAUGAAGAGUAGGCUUCAAGCACCAAGUGGAAGCACCAGCCAAGAUAAGCCAAAGUUAGUACCAGCAAGACCAGCUCCUCCUGUUCCCAAGAAGUUGCCCGGCAACCUGCAAGACAAGGAGGCUUCACAUGUGCUACCCCCUUGUGGAGACAUUCCAAAUACACCAUCAUCCCCAGGAAAUAAGAGGACGACAUUGGAGAGAAUGCAGGCCGAAGGACUAGUAUCUCCAAGGAGACACUCUAUUGGAGAUAUUUCCCAGACUAGCAGUGAGCACAUUUACUCUUACCUAGAUGAUGAUGAUUAUGAACUUAUCAAGUCUCGUAGCGAUACCACUGUUAGUGAUGGCAGCAAUUUAUAUGAGCAGGUAGAAGGCAUAAAUCACCCAAGCAGCUCUAACCAUGUGGAGACUUCUAGUGUUGGGUCUGAUGAGGCGGAAGAGUAUUUAGAACCAAUAAAAACGCAUAAAUCGCGUAGAGCAUCAUAUGAGUAUGUGGAACCUGUUGUCAAAGCUGCAUCUAAGCCUCCAGGCUAUGAGUUUGUAGAGCCUCCAUCAUGUACUCCUCCCUUAUCCCCUCCCGCGUUUGUUGCACCCCCACCUCCGAAAACAACAAACCUGAAGCAUUCCCAGUCUCUACAAGCCUGUGAUAUCCCUCCAGCACGACCACCAAGGAGAAAGAGACAGACUGUGGAAGUGGGCAAUGUAUUUGUGGAAUCAGGUCAAGAUCAAGGUCAGACAGCAGUGCCAUCUAUUGUUGUGACUCAGCAAUCCCAGGACUCUCUGGAGGGUGAAGAAUAUUUUGAUAUGAGGGGCAUUGCUGCCAAACAAGACAAUCUUGAAGGGGAAGAAUACUUUGACAUGCAAGGAUUAAAAUCUGAAACAGCCCUGCUGGAAAAUAAUAACGAAGAGGAAUAUUUUGACAUGACAGCUUACAAAAAGGUCCUUCCAACAGGUGGAGACUCUCAUCAAGAUGACACAGGAGAAGAGUAUUUUGAUAUGCAGGGACAGAAGCCACUCCCUGACCCUACCCCAAAUCCCCAGGGUCAGUCCUUCCCAUCACAGGGUACUCGAGCCAUAUCAUGUGCUAAUUUUUUACCCCCACCCCCUUCUGUUCAGGGGCACUGCACUACUGGUAUCAAGCCAUAUGUAAACAUGCCACCUCAGUCUCCAUCUGCUGCCCUUAUCACAGAGGAUGAGUACUUUGAUAUGAGUGGAGUUUCAAGGUCUCCAGUGACCUCUGACCUGUCACAUGAUGUAAGUUCUGAUAAUAAUGCAGUAUUGGAGGACAUGGAGUACUCAGAUAUGUCAGUAUUCAGAGACGCUGGGGAUGACCACAAUGACUACAGCAACUACCGAGCGGGGUCAGAAAGCCCCACAAAUUCAUUCUCGGACUCGGACUCUAGUUUUGGGGGUCCCCGCCCACUGUCCACUGUUGAUGAGGAUGGCACGGAGGAGAGCAUUGGUCCAGGACGUCACCCUGUUACCAUGAGGCUCCAUGCUGAACCCUCCAGACCAGAUUCCUAUGCUGAGUCCAUAUACAGUGAGCAUAGUGAUGGAUCACAGAAUGAGGGCCAGCCCAAGAGAAGUAAAAUUUAUUACAUCGCCAAGGAGAUGAUGACAUCAGAAAAGGUCUUUGUGGAGGUCUUAAAACUACUUAAUGUUGAAUUCAGAAACUUUAUAACAGAGAUGACCACAGAAAUGAAUAGGACAGUGAUACCAAAUCCUCUUCUUUGUCAACUAUUGAACUACCUGCCACAGCUUGAGGAUUUCAAUGAAGACCUGCUGAAAGAUCUGACAAGCAGAGUUGAGAACUGGACCAGUUCCAAAAAAUGCUGGAAGUUCAAAGCAACCUGGUUGGUGGAUUUGAGGUCAUCAAACCAGGUCGGGUGCUACUAAAACAAGGAACCCUGGAAAAACUUUCACGGAAAGUGUUGCAGCCCAGGAUGUUCUUUCUGUUCAAUGACGUGCUUCUGUAUACCACCCCUACUUCUACUGGGAGUUUUAGACUUAACCAUGUCUUACCACUCACAGGGAUGAAGGUGUCUCAGCCAGCCCAAGAUGACUUCCAAAAUGAGUUCAGCAUCAUUUCAGUUCAUAGGUCUGUCACUGUGUCUGCCAGCACAUCUGAUGAAAGAGAUGAGUGGCUGAAGGCACUGCAGACAGCCAUCUCUGAUGUGAUGUCUAAGAAGAAAAGUUUUGAUGUCCAAAUGCUAUUAAAAGAGACGUCCUAUGACAAAGAUUUCAUCUUGGGGUCUACAGCACCCGUGUGGAUCCCAGACUCCAGGGUGAGCAUGUGCGCUCUGUGUACCACAGAGUUUACUGUGACAUUCAGGAGACAUCACUGUAGAGCCUGUGGGAAGAUUGUGUGCUCCAACUGCUCAGAUAACAAAGCUCCACUAAGCUACAUGGAUAACAAGUCUGCCAGAGUUUGUGAUGUCUGCUUUGGGAGACUUGAAAAAGAAUUUGGGGAGGUGUCAAAGUAUAUACCCCCUCAAUCUGGAGCUGCUGAGCAAGAUGGCCAACUGGCAAUUCACCCAUCAAAAGUCAGCAUCAAAGAACGCUUCUCAAAGAGCGUCCGAAACAGCAAGUGGUUGGGGUCAAGGAAAAGUCGUCCAUCGGUACUGCAGGAGGUCCAUGCUAAUGACCAGGGUUCAGAAAUGAGUGGCUACCUCAAGGUAUGGAAAGCCAAGAAGUGGAAGAAGCUAUGGUUUGUCAUUAAGGAUAAAGUGCUGUACACAUAUAAAGCCAGUGAGGACAUGGCAGCUGUAGAGAGCACCCCACUCCUGGGUUAUGAUGUAGAAAAGGCCACCGAGUACUUUGAAGGUGUAGAGCCCAGUUUGCUGUUCUCAAUAACACAUCAGGGAAGACAACCAAUGACCUUCAGAACAGAGGCGCCAUCUGCCAGAGACAAGUGGGUCAGCGUCACAAGAGAUGCCACAAUGCCGUAGGUCAGUUACAAUUACUGGGUAAUAGGAGCCCAAUAAUAUGAACAAAAUAUUAUUACAAGAAACUUUUCAGCACAAGUGAGACGGGAGUUUAUUGUUUACCUCAUGCCAGCCAGGAGACAGGCAGUUGUUGGAAGCAGUCCUUGAACUUUGUCAUGUUGAUGCAGAAUGUUUGGUUCAUUGUGUUGAAACAUCUCUCAUCUAACACAAUGAAGCAUUCAGUGUCUCAACCGAAACAUGGUGACUCCUUAGUCCAAGUCUGGAGACAGAACUUAUGGCUAUGACAUGUGUAAUACUUGAAGGAAAAAAUAAGAGUUACUGUUCAGUGUUGGUGGCAUCUACUUCUGUUGAUGUACAAAUAAGAUUUUCAUUCAAGACCUUGAGGAAGGUGGCGUGACCUAACAUACCCAUGAAAUUUUAAUAAGAAAAUCAGAUGAGAGAAGCAGUGCCCUUGAAAUUAUAAUGGGAGAAACAGAUAUCAUGUUUUUGCUUGUUUUAUUCAUUAAGCAAUGUAUCCUUCCCCCAUAUUUUUCCCCGCAGCAGAAUACUUGAUUAACAAUAAGAUCAAAAGGUAAAGAUAACAAGCAGAUUGAGAUCAAAGUGAGAGUGAAUUUUGGAUUUUAGAUAUAUUUAUGAAUUCUUCCCAGGCAAGUUCAUUGUGUACAGGAGAUUUUACACGAAAGUGAAUAUAUGAGCAAAUAUGGUUUACAAGACGAAGUGGAUCAAAAAUCCAAGGGUGCCUUUUGCAUACCCCUCUUAAAUUGGCCCACCUGGGACCUAAAAAUACAAGCUGGUCUUGCAACUUGGGGAUGAUUUCCACUAAAACUUCUUGAAAGUGUGCCCACACAAGCCUGUAAGAAAUUAAGAUAUGCUUUUAGAAGUUACUGUAAUUUAGAAUUACAUUUCCCAGGCUUGUGAAAAAGCAAUAUUGAUAAUUAUUGUGAUAAUGCGCAACAGUUUUGCAAGACUGAUGUUUCUGAUUAUCAGGUGCCACUGAAACAUUUAAAAGAAAUAUAAAUUAUUUUUUCUAUUAAUAUCUCAAAAUUUUUGAUAGUCUUGUAUUCAUGAAGUUGAACAGACCUUAUCAAGAAGUCAGCAAUACUCACAGAAACUGAUGUUAUAUAAUUAUAGCCACUGAAAAUGUCUAAUUUGUUUAAGAUCUGAAAAAGUGAAUGCAACAGGGUGACAUGUUUGUGUUUGUGAUGAAGAUAAUGUUUUGAGUGGUUUGAAAAAUGCCUGGCAAUGGAAAGAUCAUAUAAAUUGAUUAAUUAAAAUGUUAAGAUAUAAUAACAUUGCUAUAAUAUUUAGGGAAUGGGGAUAUUACCACAUAAACAUCUGUAUGCAGUUAUAUUCCAUUGUCACAUUCCUAAGCAAUGAGCAUAUGAUUUUUAUAAAUGAAAUGAUUCCAGUUGCAUUUUUACAAUAUGCUUUUUUCAAAACAUUUAAUUAUCAAUU